AUGACGUCUGAAGCGACGGAUUUUGCCCAAGCCAACGCCAACAUGAACUCCGCUGCUGAAACUGCCCAAUCUCCUGCCCAGAUGACUCCUGGACAGGCGACCGAGUUUGCCGACAAUGACUAUAAGUUCAAGUCGCAACCCGGCCAAGUCCGGUUCUCGACCAUAACGGAGGAAAUUGAACCUUCGGAUUCCUCGGCCCCUCCCCAAGUACCGCCGGCCGAUGACACGAUGAACGAUCAAAAGCAAGAGGAGGAACUGCGGUCCCUGGCUGCCAGCCUACAAAAAUCCCAGUUACAAGAGACACGGUUGCGACAGUUCUCUUAUGACCCGAUUUCUCUUCCAUCUUCUAGGGUUGCGUCGCGAGAGUCAAGCGACCGCAGUGGUCGCGAACCCGAUGGAUCAGGCCUGCCCUCUCCCCGAGACUCCCCGACGGUGUCCGCUAUGCAGUCACCCCCGCUUACACCAGCCGCUACUCACUCACGUGAAGCCAAGUCUACUGAUACCUCGUCAACUUCGAACACUACGGACAAAGGAGCCCCGGGGCAGUCCGCUGCCAUGACCCCCACUACUUCCCCUCCGACAAGCGCGACCCUAAAGAACAAAGCCUCCCAGAGUGCCCCCUCUUCACGACCCUCUUCAACCGACCAACUGUCGAAACAGAAUAACGUCGCGCAAACAUCGUCCCAUCCGCUAAAUUCCCCGAAACAUAGGGCGCAGUUCUUCGUUGGCCCUGCGGCUGAUGGAGGUGCACAGGAUGAAAGCCCUCCGAUGACCCCGAGGGUUGAAAGCUAUACCCCUCCUGGUGCGAUUACACCCGUCGGAGAGCCCAAUGAUCCAUAUGCUCGCAGCAAACGGCCCCCACCGCCAAAGAACCUCGCGCAACUGGACCAACGCUUUAUCUUCAAUGGCAGAGAUGCGAAACGUCGCACAAACACCUCCUCGUCUUUCACCCGACCUAUGUCUCCUCGGUCCGCCAGUGCAAGUGAUCUCAGGUCCACCGAAAAGCGCAGCGGCUUUUUUGGCAGCAAAAAAGAGGUCAAGCAGCAGGAACCGGAAAGCAAGCCCCACGGCCAUAUGUCCGAGCUAAAGCGCUUCUUCAAACGGAACCACCACAAGCAUAAGCGUGCUGAUUCUCCCUCAUCCAUACCCUUCAAGAAGUCGAGCCGGUCUUCGGGCAAGAAUGGCCCUUUCCACACAUCGGAUAGUGUUCCAUUCGCUGACGACCAUGGGCUCAACUCAAAGUACGGGAAGCUAGGCAAGGUUUUAGGUUCAGGAGCAGGUGGAUCCGUUAGGUUGCUCAAGCGUAACAGCGACGGCGUGACCUUCGCUGUCAAGCAGUUUCGUGAUCGCCAUUCUUGGGAGAGCAUGAAGGAGUAUUCGAAGAAGGUGACUGCGGAGUUCUGCAUCGGCUCGACUCUUCAUCACGGCAAUAUCAUCGAGACACUGGAUAUCAUCCAAGAAGGCAGCCAUUGGUACGAGGUGAUGGAGUAUGCCCCGUUCGAUUUGUUUGCGAUUGUCAUGACCGGAAAGAUGGUGAAAGAUGAGAUUGCUUGCGCUUUCAAGCAGAUACUCAGCGGGGUGGCCUACUUGCACGGAAUGGGUUUGGCCCACCGGGAUCUGAAAUUAGACAAUGUGGUCGUCAAUGAACAUGGCAUCAUGAAGCUUAUCGACUUUGGGAGUGCGGUAGUUUUCCGGUACCCUUUCGAGAACGACAUUGUUCCUGCUUCUGGUAUCGUCGGCUCUGAUCCCUAUUUGGCUCCAGAGGUGUACGAUGAAAAGAAAUAUGAUCCCCGCCCCACGGACGUCUGGUCUCUGGCCAUCAUCUUCUGCUGCAUGACCCUGCGCCGAUUUCCCUGGAAGCAGCCCCGUGUCAGCGAUAACUCUUACCGACUCUUCGUCUCCCCGCCCACUCCCGGCACACCAGUUCCUGAUACAGACCCCAAGCGUCACCGAGUCGUCAAAUCGUCUCCUGAUCUCCAAUCGGCGGCUCACGAACAAAAAGCCCCGCAGGUUGUUGACCCCAAGAAGGGGCCUAUCGAUCAACCCGUGCAGGCUAAUGGACGUCAGGAGCCCCCGAAGAGUACUGCUCAGACAGGGCCUACCGCUGGAGAAGAGAACCGUCCUCCGGAGAGUCCACAGGAACGUACACCUACCAACAAGACCGCGGUAGAGGACAAGAACGGCCCUACUCACAAGCCCACCCGCACCACAAGCAAAGAAGCCCCCCCUCUUCCCGCUUCAUCCCAGCCUUCCGGCCAACGCCAGGAAGUCAUCAAGGGUCCCUGGAGACUUCUGCGACUUCUGCCACGCGAGAGCCGGUAUAUCGUCGGGCGCAUGUUGAAGGUGGGCGUCAAUGAACGCGCAACCCUCGAUGACGUCCUGACCGAUGAAUGGGUUCGCAACAUCAAGGCAUGUCAGCAGGAGCUUUCUGGUGAGGUCAUCCGGGCCCCUGGUCAUACCCAUGUUCUGGAACCACCAUCCGCCAGUGUUCCCGUACCCAGCAAGGCCAAGUGA